AUGAAAUUCUCCUUGGGCCUCGUCUGCCUGUUGGCACCCAUCAUCACCGUCCUCGCCGCUCCUCUCGAGGAGAGGCAGGCCGCGCAGUCCAUCGACAAGCUGAUCAAGGCCAAGGGCAAGCAGUACUUUGGAACCUGCAGCGACCAGAACCGCCUGACAGCCGGGAAGAACGCCGACAUCAUCAAGGCCAACUUUGGACAGGUCACGCCGGAGAACUCGAUGAAGUGGGACCAAAUUGAGCCCAACCGCGGUCAAUUCAAUUGGGCCACGCCCGACUACCUCGUCAACUUUGCUCAGCAGAACGGCAAGCUCGUCCGCGGACACACCCUCGUCUGGCACUCUCAGCUUGCGGGCUGGGUGAACAACGUCCGUGACAAGGCUGGCCUAACUACCGUCAUCGAGGACCAUAUCAAGGCCGUUGUGGGCCGGUACAAGGGCAAGAUCUACCACUGGGACGUCGUCAACGAGAUCUUCAACGAAGACGGCUCGCUCCGUUCGUCUGUCUUCUCACAAGUCCUUGGUGAAGACUUUGUCGGCAUCGCUUUCCGCGCCGCCAGGGCCGCCGACCCGAACGCCAAGUUGUACAUUAAUGACUACAAUCUCGACCAGGCCAGCUACGCAAAGACGCAGGCAAUGGCCCGCAAGGUAAAGGAGUGGAUUGGCAAGGGCAUCCCCAUUGACGGUAUCGGUUCCCAAUCCCAUCUUCAAGCCAACCAAGGCGGCAACGUCCUCGGCGCCCUGCAGACCCUCGCCGGCAGCGGCGUCAAGGAGGUCGCAAUCACGGAGCUGGAUAUCGUCGGCGCCAGCGCCGCUGACUACACGGCCGUCACAAAGGCGUGUCUCCAGGUCCCGCAAUGCGUCGGUAUCACGGUCUGGGGCGUGCGUGAUCCGGAUAGCUGGAGGGCGCAGAACAACCCUCUCUUGUUCGAUGCCAACUAUAACCCCAAGGCGGCUUACAAUGCGGUGGUGACUGCUUUGCAGUAA